AUGCAAAGCACUUCCAGCGAGUCGACUGAGAUUGUGGUGACCGAUGAGAUCAAACACCUGCUGCCCGACUGGCCAUCCGGUCCUCUGGAUGUGUACCGAAAGCGGGCGUCGUUUGACUGGAGGAAAAUGAAACUUCUUCUGGAGGGCGAAGACAUCAUCCGAUUUAAGCUACGGAUCGCUCGCACUCUGGAGAAGGACCCGUUGUUCGCUCACCACCCGUCCCAAGAGAUGACACGCGACCAGCACCGGGAGAUCACACUUAAGCGCCUGAAACGGCUCAUGGAGUAUGACUUCCUGCCCGACGAAGAGUUUAUGGCCAACCCUUUGCUCACACAACACAUGUACAACACGUUGGGUCAGUACGACUGGUCCCUAUCGGCCAAGAAGUUCUUGGCGUACGAGUUCGUGACAGUGAGUCUUCGAGGGGCCGGUUCUAGUCGUCACCUAUCAGUCUUGGAUCAGUUGAUGGACUUCGAGGCGUUGGGCUGUUUCGCGUUGACAGAGAUGGCUCACGGAUCCAACACGAAGGCGAUGGCCACUCGCGCCGACUUCGACCCCCAGACCAAUGAGUUCAUACUAAACACUCCCAACUUCGAGGCCUCGAAGGUGUGGUCCGGAAAUUUGGGCAAAACAGCCACUCAUGCGGUCGUCUUUGUCCAGUUGCACGUUAACAACAAGUGUCACGGAUUGAGUGCAUUCAUUGCCCCCAUUCGUGACCCGAAGACUCUGUUACCUUAUCCGGGCAUUACUGUCGGCGAUAUGGGACCCAAAAUAGGUCUCAACGGAUUAGACAACGGGUUUCUCCAGUUUAAGGACUAUAGGGUUCCCAAAGACUUAUUGAUGAACCGAAUCGGAGAUGUGGACAAAGACGGCACUUAUGUCACAGAAAUCAAAGAUAAUAAGAAGCGAAUGGGUGUCACUUUAGGCACAUUAUCUAUGGGUCGAGUGGGCAUCAUAGGGAUGGCCAUCACUAACAUGCAAAAGGCUCUUCCCAUCGCUAUUAGAUACUCAGCCGCUCGCAGACAAUUUGGUCCUCCCGGUCAGGAUGAGCUACCGGUCAUUGAGUAUCAGAUGCAACAGUGGAGACUAUUGCCAUAUUUGGCGGCCUGUUAUGUGUUGGACAACUUCAGUAUGUCUUUCCACAGAGAUUUCAUGAACUUCCAGAUAUCUGUACUCUUUGGUACGACAUCUCCCGAGCUGUCAGAACAGGGACAGGAGAUUCACGCCCUGUCCAGCGCUGCUAAGCCGCUGUCCGGUUGGAUAUGUAGGGAUGCGAUACAAGAGUGUCGGGAGGCGUGUGGAGGUCACGGCUAUCUGAAGGCAUCGGGAUUGGGAGAGCUCCGGGACGAUCACGACGCCAACAACACCUAUGAGGGCGACAAUAAUGUGCUUCAAAUGCAAACCAGUAAUUAUUUGAUGCGUUUGUGGCAACUGAAGGUGGAUGAGGGCCGACCAUUCACUUCGCAGUUCGGUUCCGUCGACUUCUUGGACCAAAUGGACGCUCACCUGAAGAAGAGAAUGCAUGUGUCGGCUCCGGACGAUGUCAUGCGAAUGGAUGUGAUUCUGGACGCAUACAAAUUCCUCGUCAGUUACCUAAUGAGAAGUGCUGUCAAUAAACUGAAGCGAGAAUUAGACGCCGGGAAAGACCUGUUCAGCGCGCGAACCAAUUCUCAGGUCUACUGCUGCCGAUCCCUAUCCCUGGCCUUCAUUGAACACGUGGUGCUCGACCGCUGGAACACUUUCAUUCAGGUCGAGAUGACUGACCAGUCGUUGGCCAACGUAUUGAAGCGUUUGGGUUCGCUAUACGGCUUGUGGUCUCUGGAGAAGCAUUUGUCGACUCUAUACGAAGGCGGUUACUGUUCGGGUCCGACGCCCACCCAAUACAUCCGUCAAUCCAUACUUAAACUGUGCGCUCAAUUGAAGGACGACUCCGUCACUCUCGUAGACGCGAUCGCGCCGACAGACUUCCUGCUCAACUCGGCGUUAGGCAAGUCUGACGGACAGAUCUAUAAGAAUAUAUACGAGUCCAUUCUGGCGGCUCCCGGCGCUACAUCCCGGGCCGACUGGUGGCAGGAGUUUGUCUACAAUAAGCCUAACGUCGCGUCCAUUAAACCGAAGUUAUAA